UGUCUGGGAGGAGCCGCACGGUCCUCGAGCACUGCUGGGGCAUCUCGCUUCGCUCCUACCUAGAGACACCGAAGCCGUCCGGCAAGAUGAUCGGGGUCCUGCUGCUCCUGCUCCUCCUUCUACCCCUUUUCCUGUACAUCGCUGCACCCCAAAUCAGGAAAAUGCUGUGUAGUGGGAUGUGUACAUCAACUGUCCAGCUUCCUGGGAAGGUAGCUGUGGUCACUGGAGCCAACACGGGCAUUGGAAAGGAGACAGCCAAAGAACUGGCUCAAAGAGGUGCCCGUGUGUAUUUAGCAUGCCGGGAUGUGCUAAAGGGGGAAUCAGUAGCCAGAGAGAUCCAGCUCAUAACGGGGAACCAACAGGUAUUAGUGCGGAAACUGGACUUGGCUGAUACGAAAUCUAUUCGAGCCUUUGCUAAAGACUUCUUAGCAGAGGAGAAACAUCUACACAUUUUGAUCAACAAUGCAGGAGUGAUGAUGUGUCCCUACUCUAAGACAGCAGAUGGCUUUGAGAUGCACAUGGGAGUCAACCACUUGGGUCACUUCCUCCUGACCCAUCUGCUGCUAGAGAAGCUGAAGGAAUCGGCCCCAUCGAGGAUAGUGAAUGUGUCUUCCCUAGCACAUCACCUGGGAAGGAUCCACUUCCAUAACCUUCAGGGCGAGAAAUUCUACCAUGCGGGUCUGGCCUACUGUCACAGCAAGUUAGCUAACAUUCUCUUCACCCAGGAACUGGCUCGGAGGCUCAAAGGCUCUGGCGUUACGGCAUAUUCUGUCCACCCGGGCACAGUCAAGUCUGAACUGAUUCGGCACUCGUCCUUCAUGAAAUGGAUGUGGUGGCUUUUCUCCUUCUUCAUCAAGACCCCUCAGCAGGGAGCACAGACCAGCCUGUAUUGUGCUCUCACGGAAGGACUUGAGAUUCUAAAUGGGCAUCAUUUCAGUGACUGCAGUGUGGCUUGGGUCUCUGCCCAGGCUCGGAAUGAGACGAUAGCAAGGCGGCUAUGGGACGUCAGCUGUGACCUGCUGGGCAUACCUAUGGAAUGACAGGUGGUGGCAGGUGGACUCAAGAGAAACCUCCAGCAGACUACUCAGUACUCCCUGCCAAAAUGAUUCUCCUUCAUGGUGGCCAAAACCUCCAGCACAAAGAAAACAAACCUUCCAGGCUUGCCUGCUUGAUGUCUGAUAAAAGCCCAAUGUACAGCCACAUUGAUCAAAACACCCUGCAUUAGUCCAGAUUGACUUUGCUCUUGUUACUGCCAGACUUACAGGAGGUGUCCUAGGAUAAGGUCUUCAUAUGACCUGCAAACUCAUAUUUGCCUUCUGAAACCUACUACCUGGGAGAAUCUUAGCUAUGGCAGGGUCAAUUUAUGGCAGUUUCGAUUAGUUUCUACCAACUUUGUUAACAAUAUAGUUCCUCCCAGCCACCAGCCAGCUUUUUUUUCAGGAGGGCCGUCCUGCAGUCCCAGUUCAACUCCCACAGUCAAUAGUGGGUUGGCUCAAGAGCAGGGCUCAUCCCUCACCUGCUAAGAAAACCAUCAUAAGCCAACAUCUGGAUUCUUCCAGGAAACUCUUAACUGAAUCUGGAUUAUGGCAUGAGCUUUAUCUCCGGCAACCUAAAGCCACUGCUGUUAAGACACCUUUACAUGUCUGGACCACAGAAGAGCUUCCCUUUCUAAGAAAUUUGUGGGGUUGGGAGGAUGGCAGAAAUUUGGGGGAAGGCAGAAAUAAAAAUCAAGUUUAAGCCACCAUUUUCCUACUGUUUCUCAGGCCAGCAAGUGGGUAAAGAAAGGAGCAGUACUGGAAGGUAGACCACCUACCUGUCUUUCAGUUUACGGACCCCAGACCCAUGGAGGACUUCUUGAGCCUUAGUUUCUCUUAGAAAACCGGAAGAAGAAGAGAAAGGCUAUUUGGUGAUUGUCACUGAGUAUAUCUUUGUAUGUGUUCUUAUGUAGCAUGCAAUUGGGAUUAUUUUUACAAAAUUCAAAAUAGCUACAAAGGAUCAGUAUUAAACUGGACGCUGGGGCAGGUAAGUGUUCAAAGAUGGAGUAAACAGUGACAUCCAGUCUUUAAUACAAAUGGGCGGUGCUACAAAGGGAAACACAUUGUGUAUAUGUGGAUAACUACUCACCAAAAAGCACAUGGGUAGCAGGGAAGAAGUCCAAAAAAGAGAAGAAUCCUGGAAGAUAAUGUGAACAGUGAAGGGACUAGUUAAGGAAUAAAAUGAACAAACAAACAAACAAAAAAAACAGCUAAAGAUGGCAAUAUGUAACUAUGGAAGAAUUAAAUUAGCAAGACUGAUCCUACACCGUCUUUAACAAGUGCCAGUCAACCAAUGUGGUAGAAAAAGACC